UAGACAGUCACCACGGCAAAGUUUGGGAAGAAUUGCUGGGAUGUGAGAAAGGGUAAUGGAUCGCAUCAGACACUCUUAGCUAGAACAUGAGACUUUAAUUUGAUAUACAGCAAUUUAAAUUUAUACUUUUUUUCCCUACAUCUGGAAAUCAGAUGAACUGCAAACAAACUAUCACUGCAUCAUUAAAAAUAUCUAUAACCCAUAUUAAAUCAUAGCCACAAGAACACUAAAUGUAUUUGCACAGAACAAACCAGACUAAUAAUGCAUCUCCAGAUUAAGCAGCAAGACUGUUGUCACACACUGUAACUCGGACUCGGUCUGGAGCCCGUCGCAGCCCUUUUUGACCUCACAGAACGUGAAUAUUUGAGAUAAACUGGAUGGUAACACCGCAGCACUGGGUAACGCACCGGAAUUCACUAAAUAGGUAAAUAAACUGAUCACUUUUUGAAUUUAGAAAGAAAACCCAGCACGGGUUCACACAUCGUGUGAUUUCAGCGAUGUGACAGCACCGGCUUUCCCCGCUCCGCGGCCCCGGCCCUGAGGUGGCCGGGCCCCGUCCCGCGGCUCCUCCCGCCCCCGGCCGCGGCACCACCGGGCCGCGACUCCCGCCCGCCGGGAUCCCUGCGCCGCCGCCGCCGCCGCCGGGAAAUAGUCCCCUCUGUGCUCUGGGCCCGCUGGCCGGGUGAGCUCCACGGCGCGGCGGCGCGGCCGCAGUCCGGGAGCGGGAGCGAUCCUGCCGUGCUUCCUUUCGCCGCGCCGCCGGCGCUCCAGCGGCAUCCCCGCCCCUCGGCGAGAUCCGGCCGGGCCGGCGCGGAGGGAUUCCCGGCGCCGGGGGAGGGGGGCGCGGCGGGCGGGGGGAGGAGGUGCCCGAGGGGGGGGCGGGGAGGGGGCAACAUGGCGGCCUCGUAUUAACUUCCCCCCCCUCGGCAGCCAGCGCUGCCGCCGCUCUCCCCCGCUCCCAGCCCUGGCAUGCCGGGCAUGAUGGAGAAGGGCGCGGAGCUCUUGGGGGGUAAGAGCCGGGCAGCCCCUAACGGCGCCAAGAGCAGCAGCCCCUCCAACGGGCACUACUCGGAGCCGGAGAGCGGCGGCGGCGACAGUGGCGACGAGCACGAUGUAGGAAUGAGGGUCGGAGCGGAAUACCAGGCGCGCAUUCCUGACUUCGAGCCCGGUGCCACAAAAUACACUGAUAAAGAUAAUGGAGGGAUGCUUGUAUGGUCUCCAUAUCACAAUAUUCCUGAUGCCAAGUUGGAUGAAUAUAUAGCAAUAGCAAAGGAAAAACAUGGAUACAAUGUGGAACAGGCUCUCGGCAUGUUGUUCUGGCAUAAACACAAUAUUGAGAAGUCCCUUGCGGAUCUCCCUAACUUCACUCCUUUCCCUGAUGAAUGGACAGUUGAAGAUAAAGUCCUAUUUGAACAAGCAUUUAGCUUCCAUGGAAAGAGCUUUCACAGGAUCCAGCAAAUGCUCCCAGACAAGACCAUUGCAAGCCUUGUAAAAUAUUACUAUUCUUGGAAAAAAACUCGCUCUAGAACAAGUUUGAUGGAUCGUCAGGCUCGUAAACUAGCUAAUAGAAAUAAUCAAGGUGACAGCGAUGAUGACGUAGAAGAAUCUCAUCCAAUGGAUGGAAAUGAUAGUGAUUAUGAUCCCAAAAAAGAAGCCAAAAAGGAGGUAACAGAUAACUUAAUGGGCAAUAAUGAGCAGCCUGUUCAGACCAGCAAAAUAGGUCUGGGUAGAAGAGAGUAUCAGAGCUUGCAGCACCGCCACCAUUCCCAGCGUUCCAAAUGCCGUCCACCCAAAGGCAUGUACCUGACCCAGGAAGAUGUGAUAGCUGUUUCCUGUAGUCCCAAUGCAGCCAACACAAUUCUUAGACAGCUGGAUAUGGAACUAAUCUCAUUAAAGCGACAGGUUCAAAAUGCUAAGCAAGUAAACAGUGCACUUAAACAGAAAAUGGAAGGCGGGAUUGAAGAAUUCAAACCUCCUGAGUCUAAUCAGAAAAUCAAUGCCCGUUGGACCACAGAAGAGCAGCUUCUUGCAGUACAAGGUGUCCGAAAAUAUGGUAAAGAUUUUCAAGCUAUUGCAGAUGUAAUUGGCAACAAGACUGUUGGCCAAGUGAAGAACUUCUUUGUAAACUACAGGCGUCGGUUUAACUUAGAGGAGGUAUUGCAGGAAUGGGAAGCGGAACAAGGAACCCUGGCUUCUAAUGGUGAUGCUUCUGCUUUAGGGGAGGACACAAAAAAUACUUCUAAUGUGCCAUCAGGAAAGAGCACUGAUGAAGAAGAUGAGGCACAAAGCACUCCGGCCACUCAGUGUUUAGGCCCUUCACCUCCAGCACACGCAUCUGCUCCGGCACCUGCCGCUCCCAUGGCAACUCUAAAUCAGCCGCCCCCGUUACUUCGUCCGGCCCUUCCCGCUGCUCCUGCUCUGCACCGCCAGCCGCCGCCGCUCCAGCAGCAGGCGCGCUUCAUCCAGCCGCGGCCCACCCCGAACCAGCCUCCCCCGCCGCUCAUCCGCCCAGCUAAUUCCAUGCCUCCUCGCCUCAACCCCCGGCCCGUGCUGACCGCGGGCAGCGGCCAGCAGCCGCCCUCGCUCAUCGGAAUUCAGACAGAAUCUCAGUCCACUCUGCACUGAAGAAAUAAAAGCAGAAUUAUGCUAACUCCCAUAUUUGAGAAAUUGUAUCAAUGUACUUUUUUUUCCAAAUAAUGAAGGGGAGAAAAGAGCAAGCCUUCACAGGUAUCAGACCAGUUUUCCAGAGGAGCAAGCUAAGAACUAGAAACAGAACGACGUCGAUGACCACCUGUAUAAAAAUAUUUUUAUGCCGAAGACUUGUACAGCAGAACAAUGCCUACACUGCAGCCCUCCUCUGUAUGAAUAACUGUUGAAGGAAGCUAACUUCUUAAAUGAAUAAAUGUUCAACACACCAAGAUUUUGUUUAACUGAUUUUUACUCUAUUUAUUUUAUUACAGUUCUUUAUAGUCAAGCAUCUAACUACAGGAAAAUAGUCUGGCAAAUCUAGAAAUAGAUAAUAUUGUAGGAGACUUAAAUGUAGUGUUGGGGCUUUUUGUGUGAAUUUUUUAAUUUUUUUUUUUUACCUUUUAGUGAAAGAAAAUAAUGGCUUUAGGUUCAGAAUGUUUGACUCUGUUUAGAUAACAGUAGAAGCAUUUCACACUUGUGAAAUGUAGGUUGUCUCCAUGUUUUUCCCAGAACAUCUUAGCUUGUUUUAAAAGGUACUGGCUUAUUAGAUACUCCUCUUUCAGAGUAUUCUGAAGACUCAGUGAGCUAUUGUACCAAAUUAAUUAAAUCUCAUGCAUGUUCUACUCAUAGAAUUUAACUGGAAGCAGGAGUCCAGUUUCUUGCUGCAAUCUUGUCUUGUGGGCUAGGCAGGAUAGAGUGGCAGCAGCUUCCACCACCCAGGGGGAUGACAGGACAGGAACCAUCUAGCAAGAAGUAUUAAUUUAAUUUGUUAUUCCACUAAUUCUCCUAAUGUAAGUACAGUAGAAUUCCAUUCCUCUGAGAAUGACUGUCUGCAGUUCGUGUGUGUUAGAUCACUGAUACCUUGCUUGAGCAUUAAUGAGGGAAGUGUAGAGGCUGGCGGUGCUGGUAGAGUAUCAUGAGAGUAGGUACCUGCUGCCAACCCAGUCUUACUUUUGAGUGAUUAUCUCUUGACUCCUGCUAUAUAUCUGGCAAAGUUGAUUACAUGAAUUGAGGGUAUUGGGGGAAGGAUGAGGGUGUUUGUUUAUUUUAUUGGCUCAGUAAAACCUGCAUAUAGAUAUUAAUAUUGCUUCCAAAUUAUAGGAGUUUGAAAGAAACUCAUUUCACUGCAUUCUUGUUUGAAACCUUGAUUGAUGCCUAGUAGUCUUUUGGGGUGUGGGGGUUUUUUUGGGUUUUUUUUGUAAAAGCGGAUGCCUCUAACCUCCAAGUAAACCAGGCUCCAAAGCACUGUUUGAAACUGUGUGAUCUGAAUUAAGCUAUUGAAAAAUAAUGCAUUCUUGAUUUUGUAAUAAUAUUCAUGUUGAUUGUCAUACUAUUUAGAAAGGGUCUUUUUGCUUAUAGCUGAAAUGGUGUUUAAAAGUCAUUUUAACUCCGUUUUGUUUUUAACUAGAUUUGCCCUUGACUAAAAUGGGACUUUUUAUGCAAAUGAGAUGUGCUCUCCCUAGGUUUUUUUCACAGAUAAAUUAGGUGGUCUAAUGAUCAGUUUAGCAGCUAAAUAAGGUCUUUUUUUAAUGUGCAAAGGGAAGUUCUUCUACUAUCAGAUUCUAUUUCAUUUGAAAAUCUAAUAUUAAAGUUUGAUAGCUGUAACCCGAAUUGCAGUUGAAGUGUUGACCUUUAUGUUUUAGUUCUUCAUUUUAAAAUACUCUCAGAUCAAGCUUGAGAUUUUUUUUUUUCUUGAGAGCUUUCACUGGUGUGCUGAGGGUUCAUACAAAAGGUCUUUCUUACAAAUUUUCUUUUGCAUCAGAGUAGGUGCUUAGCCACUAUGUGAGCAUCAGAUGAUCCUGUGUCUAAGUAAAGCAGAAUUUUAAAACAAGCACCAAGAAGUUAGUGGUCAUGGAAACUUGUGUUCUGGGAAUCAUGAGUCUUUAGUGUGCCCUCAUUAGCUGCACACAAAUCUGGCUGCUCUCUGAUCUUUAAAACCAAUAAAAAACCAAGAUGGUACAUUUUUACAGUUUUAUUGUAGCAGUGGUAAGAUUUAUCUUUGGGAAUUUUUUGCUUUGCCUUUUUUUUUUCUUUUUUUCUUUUUUUUUUUUACUUUAAGCAUUGAGUCUCCCAGGUGUGUGUAUUGUACAUCUGCUAAUUUUUGUCUUGUCUCUUGUCGAUAGACUUCAGUAUGCAGAAUGUUGGGUGUUACAGUACAGUUGGCCACCACCAACUGCUAUGAAACUGUUCAGUACAUUGUAAUUCCGUUUAAUCUUGUUUAAAUAUUCUAUAACUGGGCAAAGGUGCUGUAUUUGAAGGGGGGAGGGAGGGUCAGAGAUAGGUAGGGUAGUAUUUCUUAAUUUACCUACACUGUAGCACACAGUAGGGAACUCCUAGCAUUUGUAGUACUAAAUAAGUAUGUACAUAGCAAAAUGUCUUUAUUGUGUGCUUUGCAGAAUAUGUGCAUACAGUUUGCACGUCCUGUUUUGGGGGGUAGGGUUUGUUUUAAGCAGUGUUUGCCUGGAGAGUGAUUUGCUUGCUGCUUAAUCAAAGGAUUAAAGUUUCAAAGAAAUCUGUGUCUUCUAUUUUUAUGUACCUUGUAAUGGUCUAAUAUGUUAGGGCCCUUAUACUGUGAUUCUCUUCUAAAUUCAUUUAUAUUUUUUUAAGAAUUAGAAAUAAAAUUAUACAAUGGUGUUGAUUUCAGUGGGAAAUUUCUUUUGCCAUAUCUAGUCUCCUGUUUUGUAAUGUAGUAAUGAACUCUGACUUCAAGGUUGGCUUAAUUUUGUCACUUUAAAAAAUGUACAAUGUUUGCACACUAACGUUUGGCAGAGAACGUGUAUCCUACAUUGUUCAAAGCUAAUGUAACUACAGCUUUUUGUACAGUUUAUUUUAGUUAAUAAAGCAAAACGGUACUAAAAAGUUACAUUUUACAAAUGCAAGGCAUAAUCGGAACAACAUGUAUUCAAGAAACAACACUUGCAAAAUAUGGAUGUACAAGAACUAUCAGAUUUAAUUGUUGCACUUUAAAUCAGAAUGGGUACAAAGUUGAGCAGGUAUUUCUGCAUUUAAUAAAACAAUCACUAAACAUUGCA